CCAAUGCAGUUCUAAUCCCGCCCACACCCCCAACCCCGUUUCCUCUGUACAGUCGCAUUUGAGAGGAGGGUGUGCGUUUUUUGUCUUUUUUUUUUUGGAGGGGGGGGGGCUUUUUCUUUUUUUGUUUUGUACUUCUGCAAACGUCAGUGGGUUUAGAAGACGCCGGCACUCUAGUUUUUGGUUUGUUUUUAAGACCGCAGGAAGGACUGUAGAUCCAAAAUGGGGAAAGUGAACAUCUGGUUGAAAAGGAGUUUUAUCGUUGUCGCAAGUCUGUUGGCGAUCAUAGGGGCGCUCAUGCUGGCCGGAACGCUGUUCAGCCACGGGCAGUACCACGCGGAUGAGAAGAUCGAGGAAAUGAUUGUGGGCAUCAACGCCAUGUAUGCUAUGUCCAUCACCAUUUUGGUCCUGCCCAUCAUCGGCUUGUAUGGUGUCUGCAAAGAGAAGCGAUGGGUGCUCAUUGUGUUCACAGUUGGAAUUAUCCUGUGCAGCAUCUUUGUACUUUACGUGGCCGUCCACGUGCUGAUCGUACGGCCGGUGAUCAUUGAGCUCAUGUCCAAUUUCUACCUGAGCAUGCAGCCAAUGAACAGCAGCAGCGAGGUGGAUGUGAAAAUCCUGACGGAGACCCAGAUCGAAUUGGAGUGCUGCGGAGUGCAACAGGGCUACGUGGAGUGGGGCUACAACAUCUCCGAGUCGUGCCUGUGCAAGGGCGCCGUGGAGGACUGCGUGGCCGCCCCCAGGAACAGCAGCCUGUUUCAGCCCGCAGAGGACACGCCAGUCAUGAUUUAUAAACAACCAUGUCUUCCGAAACUAAUCUCACAUUUAAACGUGGCCAUCAACACAAUGAUGGGCGUCUCGAUGGGCCUGAUUUCACUUUGGGUGUUGUCCUGCGCGCUGAGCAUCGCCAUCUUGUGUCAGCUGAGAGAGAAAAAGGACACGUUAGUAGUGGCGUACAGUCGAGAGGCCAAAUCGGGCAACUAUGCCGUCCUCGCCGAACCGGCCGAGCUCACCUGAUCGUAUCGGCGCGCCAGAAAUGAUUAACGUCCAUUGUGUGUUCUUGUCGUGUGGAAUCGGAGCUUAA